CCCCCAUACUCCUGCCAACAGCGAAAAGACUACCGCACUGACCGUAUUUACCUUUCACAGUAUCCUGCCGUAUUGCAGCUAUACCGACAUGUCCACAAUUGAGCAGCAAAGGAGAAGUCUACCGAACCGUUUGAGUCGUAAUUCUGCCAGUGUACGACACGCCCAUCUGCUUGGGCUCGAAACGCCGACUUAUGAUGCAUCAGAAGAGGACAACGACGAGACAAUGUCCGACAACGCCUCUGCGGUCUCCACCCCUGCGCCAUUGUCCCGCCCAACGACGCUCCCCCCUGCGCCACUUGCUCCUACUAUCACCCGCAUUGCUUCUCGUGGACGACACACCCACCCACGGGCAACCCUUGCUCUAGCACUAGAAGAGUCCGACUCGGGUGUCGACUCCCCCACGUACGAUGGCGACAUCGAGAGCACUACCCCUGGCGUAACCACUCCAUCGGGCCUUGGUUCAGGGCGAGGGAUGGGCUCGAAAGAGAGCGGCGGAUCCAGUCCCAUGUCUACACCGCCGGCUAGGCCCGUGCCACUGCCGCUGGUUAGCGUGGCUGAGGACGCGAUGGAUGUCGACACGGACCAUGGGUCGUACGAGGGCCCAGGGGCAGCGCGCAAACACACUGCCCCUGUGCCUGUGCGGCGCACAUCGGGCAAGAAGGACGAGAAGGAGAAAGAGGAGAAGGCGGGUGUUGCUGGGUUGACCCAAGAAGACAUAGAGCGGUUUGUCAUGGAUGCGAUCGAGGGGAACUCGGCGAGAACGUACAAGGUCAAUCCACCUCCUGAAGGACGUCCGAUUCGCAUAUAUGCCGAUGGUGUAUACGAUAUCUUCCAUUUCGGGCACGCAUUACAGCUUCGACAAGCGAAACUCUCCUUCCCGAAUGUAUAUCUUCUCGUUGGCGUGUGCAGCGAUGCGCUCGUGAAUCAGCACAAGUCCCCAGCUUGCAUGAAUCACGCAGAGCGGUGCGAGUCUGUACGUCAGUGCAAGUAUGUGGACGAGGUCGUGCCCGAUGCGCCUUGGGUAAUUAACGAUGCGUUUCUGGAGAAGCAUAUGAUCGACUACGUCGCCCAUGAUGAGGAGCCGUACAAGAGCCUGACACACGAUGAUGUAUACGCACACAUUAAGGAGAUCGGCAAAUUCCUUCCAACGCGGCGGACACCCGGAAUAUCCACCUCCGAGCUGCUUGAGCGGAUCGUCUCCCAAUACCGUAAAGGCAGGUUCGACCGCAAGCUCGAGAAGAUGGGCCAUGCGGAACUGAUGAUCGAGGGAAGCGACCUGGAUGAUGGGAAGCCGAAGCCAGGCUCCCGAAGUAGGACGAGGGGUGAUACAGGUGGCCAAUGACACAUCUUCACAAGGUUUUCAUCAGCGUGGCAGCGCACGAACGAGAAUAGCGCGUAAUGCCCUACGUAUUGUACUGUGUGACUUGGAACCGUGCUAAUGAACAGAAAUCUGAAGGUCC